AUGCCCCGUAUAAAGAAAGAACUUAUAGAGGUAAAACAAAAGCAACAAAGAUCUAUAUUAGAUUUUACCACCCAACAACGGCAACAGCAACAGCAACGGCAACGGCAACCCAACAGAUCAUCCCAAGUUGUAACUAUCAAAUCAGAAACUAUAACUAAUACUACUACUGAAAACUCAUCAAUAGUGUAUUGUCCUAUAUGUAAUGAAGGUAUAACUCAUUUAGAUUUACGUGAACGAACUGAUCAUGUAGAUACAUGUUUAGUACGCGUCACAUUUGUUGAAAAGGCGACGUCCACCAGCACCACCAACACCACUACUACUACUACCACAACAACAACAACAACAACCACUAUACCUGUGAAAAGAGAAAUAUCAGAAGUAAAAUCAGAAGAAACUAUGAUGGAAACAGUAGUACCAAAACGAGAAUUUAACAAUUCAUUAUCAUCAAUAUUAAUAUCAUCAUCGUCGUCGUCUUCUUCUUCAUCAAGUUCAACUGAGAAAACAAAUAGUUUAAUUAAAAAGAAACGGAAAAUCGAUCCUGAAAAUAAACUGAAAUAUAUCAAUAGAGAAUUCAAGAAUAGCAGCAAAACCAAUAUCAAUACCAAUACCAAUAUCAAUACCACUUUUAUUGAUCAACCUAAGAUUAUUAAGCCACCAACAAGUAUAAAGCAUGUUAAAAAGAAACCAAUUCCAUCACUUAAAAUCAUGACAUUCCCAUUAACUCAAGAACCUUCUUCAUCUUCAUCUUCAUCCUUGAUUUAUCAAGUGGCAGUUGAUGCAUUUUGUUUUGCACCUCAUGAUACUAUAAAUCAAUAUUUUUUAACUCAUUUUCAUGCUGAUCAUUAUGGUGGAAUUUCGAAAAAAUGGGCUUAUGAAAGAGUAUUUGGAAAUGAUGAAGAUGCUUUUAAUAACCAAACUUUUGAUUUUGAUGAUGAUUCAAUAUAUAAGAAAAUCAUUUAUUGUACUGGUAUAACGGGGAGAUUAUUAACUUUAAGAUAUUCUAUAGAUCCUCGAUUUAUUAAACAUUUAGAAUUAGAUACAAGGUAUAAAAUUAAAAGCUACACUGAGAAAGAAGAUGACGAGGAGGAAGAAGAAGAAGAAGAAGAAGAAGAAAUGGAAUCAAAUGAUAUGACACCAGGAUUAUAUGUUACCCCAAUCACGGCAAAUCAUUGUCCUGGAGCAGCGAUUUUUUUUUUUGAAUCAAUUGGUAUUGAUAAUAAAAUUUAUCGAAUAUUACAUUGUGGAGAUUUUCGAGUUAAUAUGGAAAUUUUAAAUCAUCCAAUAUUAAGGCCAUUCAGCUUGACUCAUUCAAAGAAUAAUUUGUUACAACUGAUUGAUAAAGUAUAUUUGGAUACUACUUAUAUGUCACCAAAACAUAAUUUACCAAAACAAGAAUUAGUUUGUGAAAUAAUGGCUAAUUUAUUUCAAGAUUUAAUUCAACAAGAAAUAAAUAAAGAUGAACAAAAAAAAACGACCAGUAAUUUAUUUUCAAAUUGGUUUGGAAAUUUCACUCAAUCAAGAAUAACUGAUUUUUGUACCACCUCCUCAACCUCAAAAAAUGGAUUAACAAGGCCUAUCAGGAAGAAGAAAUUUUUAAUAGUUAUUGGUACUUAUAUAAUUGGCAAAGAAAAAUUAGCUAUAUCAAUUCUGAAACGUUUAAAUAAUUGUUUAAUUUAUUUACUGAGUAUUGGUUCACGUAAAGAUAAAUUUGAAAUUUUUAAAACUUAUAAAAAUGAUUAUUUAAAUCUGGUAAUGACAAUUGAAAAAGAAUUUGGUAACAUCAACGAUACAAACGAUAGUGAUUGUAUGAUUCAUUUAGUUCCAAUGACAUUAGUUUCUAAUAAUGAAGAAUUGAGUAAAUAUUUUAAUCAUAAUAAAUAUUAUCAAUUUUUCGAACGAUGUAUUGGUCUUUGUCCAACUGGAUGGAGUUAUAGUAAGAUAGCCAAUACAAAAAAACCAAAUCAACAACAACAACAACAAAAAGAAGAAAUAGAAAACGAUGAAACUGGUAGUGGUGGUGGUGGUGGAACUGAUGAUUUGUUAAUUUCUCAAUUGGAACAAACUAUAACCAUGAUGGAAAAUCAACCAUCAUUUAAUUAUAUCAAUGAUAUAUUAUCACAAAUACCAACAACAACACCAAAUAGCACCAAAAGAAAGACUAAGACCAAUACCAAGACUAAAACCAAGACCAAAACCAAGACAGAUCCUGAUUUAUAUCGAUUAUAUUCAGUUCCAUAUAGUGAACAUUCAUCAUUUAGAGAAUUAGCUUAUUUUAUAAUUUUUUUCCAAAUUAAACAAACUAUUCCAACGGUUAAUUAUGAAAAUGAAUUUCAAUUGAUUAAAAUGAAUCGAAUUAUUCAAAAUUGGGAAAAAAUCCGACAAAUCAUACUUAAAAGUGAUAGCAAUGGUAGCGGUGGUGUUGAUGAUGAUAAUAAUAAUAUUCCUGAUGAUUUAUUACAACGAAUACAACGAUUGUCAUUGAAUGAUUUUUAA